AUGGCUCGGGCAAGCAAAGCCACGCCUGCUAGGAAGACGAGGUCAUCGACCGCUGGCGCUACCACUCGCAGUCGGCGCCAGAGCGCAGCGUCUCGCAAGUCCGCGUCGCCGAGGAAGUCGGCGACCACGACGAACGCGAAGUCGCCCCGAUCCAAGACGGGACCGAAAACAGGAGGGGAACUCUGGGAGAUCACGGAGAUCAUUGGGGAGCGCGACGACAUGUAUCAGGUCCAAUGGGCAGGCACGAACUCACGAACGGGCAAGCCGUGGGCGCCGUCGUGGGUGAGCAAGGAGGGCGUCUCCGCGGAGGAGCUCGUGCAGAAGUGGGAGGAGCAAAACAAGAAGCCCGCCCCACGGAAGAGUGCCUCUAGUGCUAGGCGUCGGUCUGGAAGGCGGUGGUUCGCAGGCGCGAUGCACGCUCUACGAAGAGUCCGAGACCUCAAAUGCCACCAGCGCUGGUUCCCGAAGGUGCACGGUUACGACAUUGUUCUGGCCUGUUCUGGCUCUGAGACAAUCAAUCAACCAAUCUCAGACACCCCUCGCAGCGAUGCGUUUGAUCUGCCUCUCGAAAGUUUACCGCUGCCACUCGAUUUGACAUCUGAAAUAGUGAAGCAGGACAUAGCAUUGGAGAUUGGCAGGGUUGAAAAGGUAUAUCGUGGCGUAUGGACGACGAAAGGCAUACCAGUUGCCAUUAAAUAUGUUGAGGCUGUCAAACGCAAGGUCGAUGACGAGCGAGGAAACGCCCAUGCCCACGCCCUGAUAUUCAUCGACAUUACCAGGAACACGAAGGCUCCAUACGCGAACCAGUAUCUCGUGAUCGUGGCCGUCCUAUAUUCUCGCUUCGAAGAUUAUGGGGACGCAGAAGAUCUGAGUCAAGCCAUCGCCAGUCCCUCGGCAGUGCUGAACCACCAUCCCAUCCUCGACUGCUUCGAACGGUGUCGCGCUGGAUUUCGCUUGACCAUCCAAACAUUUUACCCAUGUACGGCGUCACCUACGAUCCUGAAGGAACUGAUGGCGGAAGUAGCGUGUGGCUUGGCCCAUCUGCACGAGAAGGGCAUAGUGCAUGGCGAUAUCAGGGCUGGUAAAGUACUCGUAACGCAUUGUCGCGAUGAAAGUCUCGGCACAUACAAACUUCGCGCCUUGAUCUGCGAUUCUGGCUUUGGGGACAGCGGCGCAUUGCGCUGGCGUGCAUGGGAGCGCGAGGCUCCCGAACAGUUCACGAGGGAGUUUCGGGACGUUAAGAAGGAAGAUCUUGAGGGGAGCCUUGCUGAUAAGCGUUGUGACGUUUGGUCUUGGGGUAUGACUGUCGUUGAACUGUUCAGCGCUGAAGUCCCGUUCGCAUCUUUGAACCAGGAGCAAGUCAAGAAGGCAUUAUUGGAGGAUGAUCUGUAUGACUGGUGGCACAUGGCCGCGCGGAACGCUCUCACCUUAGAGUUACAACAAAUACUCCCCUUCUGCUUUCAGAGAGAUCCGCGGAAGCGGCCCACUAUGCAAGACAUACUCGGCGGUCUACGAUACAGGCAGCCGAGGGCAGCAACCGAAUACAACGAUCAACGACAUAAAGCCCAAUUGCCUGUUGUUGCUACCAGCAGCGUGGGAUACAAGAACAGAUACGGGGACAUCACGUUGCCAGAUCAGCCGCUGCUGGUCACGACAUGGCCGAAUGGCGACGCCAAGUGCACGGGUUAUCGGCUGAGAUUCACGAAGGAGAGCGGCUUCUUCCCGGCGGAUCAUACACGAUUAAUUUCGGGACCACCCAUAUAUGCCGAAGGAGGGCAACGACAAUAUUACCUGCAAGUCACUCGCAGCUUCUCGGGCGCGAUUGUAACCCACAAUGCUGUGCCACCUGGACACGUCGUUGGCGUCACCAAAGCGCCAGAAAGAGGAUUAUGGACCUGGGAGCUUGAACGCUCCCGGAAUCGCGACGGCGAUGAGCCUAUCAUUUCUUCAGGGGCAACCGAGAGCGUUAACCUCGUUACGUUUGCUCAAGCGUAA